CACAGAUGAGGCAUGUCAUGCAUCCUGGACCGACCCCGCCCGCAGCUCCGGCAGGCAACGAGCAGGACGAGCAACACGCGGGGCUCCUCUGCCUAUCAGAGGUCGCUGAUUUGGCACGGCGCGAUGGCGGCGGCGAAGCGUCGGAGAGUGCUCGCCGAGAGGCGGCCCGCCACUUUGACCGCUCCUCGGGCCAGUUUAGCAGACCACGCGGCCUAGCCGCGUCUGCGCCGCCACCCAACUUCAACCUCGCCUUCUGCUGGGGGCAGGAGCUGUCGGGCGGCAUGAGGCACUGCGCGCAAGUAGUGCCGCGCAAGGCCGGGCCUGCGUUCCGCGAGCGGUUCUGCAGCGAGUGCCGCGCUCGCGGAGUCAUCGUCGCCGCCUCCCGCCUGCGGGUGGUGUGCGGCCGCGCGCCGACCAACCAGCACACCGGCGGCAUCUGGAACGAGGGCAGCGCCAAUGGGUGGCCGCAGCACCGGGUGGUGAACCAGGUUUGCUCUUCGACGGGGCCUCCCCUCGUGAUCCUGCGGGAAGAGACGACGGCGACUUUCGCCGGCCUCGCGGCGAUGCCGCCCGGGGAGAGCGGCUGGGUUAGGUUUCGCGUCGGGCGAACCCUCGAGCCGCUGAUAGGACUGCCCGCGACGCCAGAGCCGCCGCGGAUGCGCUGGCAGCCCGCGUGUGCAGCGCCGAGCGCGGCAGCGCCAGGCGUCUCCUGCGCGCCCGCGGCCUCGGGCGUGAUGUUGGGGUCAGGCGCAGGCCCGUUUGAGCAGUCGGUGCCUUUCACCACCGCCACCGCCACCGCCAACGCCACCGGCGCAUUUGCCCCCGCUCCAAUGCCGAACCCCUUCCCCCACACCGACACCACCCCACUACUGUCGCCGAUGCCGGCGCAUGCGCUGCCGUUGACGGUGGCGAUGGCGAUGCCUUUGACGCCGUCGCUGCUCUACUUUGGUAUCCCGCCUGCACUCCCCUCGCAUAGGACGGCAGCAGCUUGGGCCCCUCCAAAUCCUUCAGAGGCAACUCCUGGACGAUAUCCUGAGCGGGACCGGCCUCGCACCACUCCUCGACCGUCCGCACCAGAACGCAGGGACGGGGUUCAAUAGCGCACCUCUUUCGUCCGUUUGGGGGGAGGCGCGGUUUCUGGUGGCCUCCGGGAGCCGACGCCGAACACGUCAUCUAAGCGGGCCGCGCCGACAUCGGCGCUGCUUGCGCGGUACUUCUCUUUGGUCUGGAGGCGAUCUAGGGCGCAUAUCGGCUGGUGGAAUGCGCAUUCUGAUUUGGGGGGUGAUACCAAAAGUCAGCACACCAUUUCCGUUACGAUUUUACAAGCAACUAAGGGC